CGUUAGCAUCAAAGAUGGCGGCCAUGGCGCUGACGAGAGGACUUUGGCUUCGCCACCCGCGGUUGGUUGCAGCGGGACACUCCUUCGGUGGGCACGUGUAUACCACAGCGGCGUCCGUCAAACCCCCUCAGAUUCAAACGGACGUUAACGACACAGACAGGAUCCUGAAUAAACCCCUGGAGUCCCCGGACUUCUUCCGUUUGUCGGAGCUCUACUCGUUGCAAGAUCUGUUUAAUGCCAGGGUGCACCUUGGCCACAAAAAGGGCUGCAGACACAGGCACAUGGAGCCCUAUCUGUUUGGCUGUCGUCUGGACCAAGAUAUUAUUGACUUGGAUCAAACCAUGGAGCACCUUCAAUUAGCUUUGAACUUCACUGCCCAUAUAGCCUACCGUGGUGGCAUCAUACUGUUUGUCAGCCGUCGGCGCCAGUUCUGCCACCUGGUGGAGACCACUGCACGUAACUGUGGGGAAUAUGCCAAUACCCGUUACUGGCAAGGCGGCCUCCUUACCAACGCUCACAUCCAGUAUGGUCAAGGGGUCCGCUUACCAGACCUCAUCAUAUUCCUCUCCACCCUAAACAAUGUCUUCCAGCAGCAUGUGGGAAUUAGAGAUGCAGCCAAAAUGAACAUACCCACAGUAGGAGUGGUGGACUCCAACUGCAACCCCAGCCUCAUAACUUACCCCGUGCCUGGGAAUGACGACACCCCAGCUGCCAUGAAUUUGUAUUGUCGCCUGUUCCAAAUUGCUGUUAACCGUGCCAAGGAUAAAAGGAAGCAGAUGGAGCUACUGCAUAGUCUGACAUCGGCUCCCACAACAAAUCAAUGAGAUAAAAUACUCGUAAAACUGACUGUCUACCACCUGUUGAUCUGGUGCAGGGGUGGGCAGUCUUAUCCAGAAAGGGCCAGUGUGAGUGUAGAUCUUUGUUCCAACCAAGUAGUUACACACCUGUGUCUCCUAAUCAAGUUCCUCAGCAAAGACUCUACUGGUUGAUUGGUGGGAUCAGGUGUGUGACUCCUUGGUUGGAACAAAACCCUACACCCACACCGGCCCUUUCUGGAUAAGGUUGCUCACCCCGUAUUCUGUUGUCUUGGCUCUGAAAAAAGAGUCUGUUGCUCGUGGACAGUAUUCAGUUAGACUGGAGAAGGUGUUAGUGGGUAAUGUUCAGGUUUCUUGUCAUGUACCCUUAGAAAUGCUAUAAUCGCCCCGACCUUUGUACAUAACUUGCAUAGAUAGAAUCUCAACA